CACCUCUGUUUAGCAGAAACGUGGCUCUACAGCGCUGGCAUUUGACGAGGCCUCUUACAGCAAGUACUGUUGUUUCUCGUGGCGGAAGCAGACCAGAAUCUUCUAGAGAGUUCUUGAAGCAUAUAAAAAGGAGUCGCUGUCACCCUUUCAUGCGCCAUUUCUCUUACAAACACUCUCGGGCAAAGGAGAGUCUGGCAAGUGUAUUAAUUACGAAAGAGAAAUAUUGGUCUACAGACAGAAAGAUUACGUGAUUCGAACUGUACUUUUCUGAGUUCAGAAACAGAUAUUGCAAUAACACUAGCGAUGUCAUAGCGUCAGCGAGGACCAGAAAUUCUCCCAAAACGUGUGCUUCUUUCUCUCUCCUUCCCUUGAAAUUUAAAAACUAGUGACCUCUAACCUCUGCCCUGGCAAGAUGGUGAAGGAAACGACCUACUAUGACCGGCUCGGGGUCACGCCACACGCCUCGCAGGAGGAACUCAAGCGCUCGUACAGGAAGCUCGCGCUCAAGUACCACCCCGACAAGAACCCUCAAGGCGCCGAGAAGUUCAAGCAGAUCUCGCAGGCGUACGAGGUGCUCGCCGACCCCAAGAAGAGGAAAAUCUACGACGAAGGGGGCGAGGAGGCGCUCAAGAGCCGCGGCGCCGGCGCGGGCUUCCGAAAUCCGAUGGACAUUUUCAACAUGUUCUUCGGGGGUGGUAUGGGCGAAGACAUGGACGAAGACGAAGACGGAGACGAUGAUUUCUCAGGCAUAUUCGGAGGCGGAGGAGGUGGGCGUGGCCGAAGCAACAAGCCUCCGCCCACCGAACACCGCCUCCCAGUCAACCUCGAACAGCUCAUGCUUGGCACGACGAGGAAGUUGAAGUUGGACAGGAAGCGGCCCUGUGCGGCUUGCGACGGCCGAGGGGGGAAGUUCGGCGGAGAAACGGAGACCUGCGUCACGUGUCACGGCAAGGGAGUCAAGCUCACGUACCAGCAGCUCGGACCCGGAAUGGUCGAGAUGCACACCAACUGCCCCACGUGCAACGCAACAGGUAGAAUGAUUGCAACGAAGGAUCGGUGUUCCGUGUGCGAGGGACUCCGCACUGUGCAAGACACGAAGAUCGUCCCGGUGGAUAUCGAGCGAGGGAUGCACCACGGCACGAAGAUCUUCCUAAGGGGAGAAGGAGACCAAGACGCAGGACAGGAAGCAGGCGACGUUAUCAUUAUCUUACAGGAGAAGUCACACGACAUUUUCAAGAGGAAGGGACUCGAUUUGUACACGGAUAUGAAGAUAAACCUGGUGGAGGCCCUGUGCGGGUUCCGGCGCACCCUGACCACCCUGGACGGACGCACGCUGGUGGUGACUCACCCUCAGGGAAAAGUGAUAGACCCCGAUGAUGAGAAAGUGAUUGUCGAGGAAGGAUUCCCUCUCUUUAGGAAUCCUUACGUCCGGGGCGACCUUUAUAUCAAGUUCAAGGUGGAUUUCCCCGACGCGGUAGACAACAACUUCAUAGCAGAGUUCGAAGCGCUUUUCCCUCGAGGACCCGCCGAGGAGCUCACGGGCGAGGAGGAAACCGUUACCAUGACCCCGUACGUCGAGGAGAAGGGACAGAGAGAACGCGAGAGGGACAUAUACCACGAGGACGAGAGAAUGGAGACAGACGACCAGCCGGCGGGUUGUAGACAGUCUUAGUGUUUUUUCAUUUAUUUGUUCAUUUAUUUAUUUGUAUUUAUUUCUCGGGUUUUGAGUCGUCGCUCUGGGUGAUUCGAAGCGAGUCCAAACGAGGCAGUUGGCAGGUUCUUCAUGCGGUUCACGUGGGGGAGGGGAGGAGGGGCGGGGGAACUGAAAGGGAGCUUCAACGUACUUCUAGAUUGUUCCGCGGUUGUGGUUCCUGGUUCCAAGCUGCCCCCUUAUUUUGUAUCGGUUCUGGGUAGGUCCUCGCGGUUCUAGAAGAGAGUAGGCUGCUCCUGGAUCGUUUCUGGGUGAGGUUUGUGAUCCCAGGAAAGUAUUAACCUUGUCCAUGUUUGCCUCGUCCUCCCCUUCCUUUACCUUAUGUCUUCCCUUAACGUACAAAUAUGGAAGGGAAAGCGUUUUUUUUAUAUAUAUUUUGAGGAAGAAAAAAGAAAAGAAAAAGAAUUUAGAGGUAAGAAUGAUAACGAUGGUAAGUUCGACAAAUAAAUGAAAAUACAAGAACGUAGAAUAAAACCAGUGGCGGGACAGAAAUAAAAUGCCACAGUUACCCCGCUACCUCAACACAACCCGGAUGUAGUGAAGUCGUUGGAGCGAAGCGGCAAUUCUGCAAUAUUUGGAAUAAUGAUUGGAAUAAUAAAAAAGUUGUUUCAUUA